UGAAAGUCUUAUAUAUCCUUGGACUAGCGGCGCUAAUGUGCACAGUUUGUGCCAUGCCUGGGGACAAACGCAUUAAUGGAGUCAAUGGCUGGUAUAUUCCGCAACAAGACUGGACUCUUAAGUGGAUGGACAUGGACGAAGUCGAAGCGAUGAUGCAGGAUGCUGCAAAGAUGGAACAGCACGCGCGUUCGUCCAAUAAAGUGUCCUUUUACCUUUACACCAGUUUGGAUCCCAUCAACGGCCGGGAUAUCACACCAAGCUCCGAUUCCAUUUUGUGUUCCUAUUUCAACAAUUCUCAUCCCACACGUAUCCUUAUCCACGGCUGGACUCAGGACUAUAACGACUCCAUGAAUACCGAAAUCACCAAGGCUUGGCUGUCUCUUGGCGACUACAAUAUCAUCGUUGUCGAUUGGUCACAUGCACGCACGUGGAACUAUUUGAGCUCUGUUGAGUCUAUGCCAAUUGUUGCAAAGGAAAUUGCUAAAAUGAUCAAAGCUUUAAGCUCGGAACAUGGCAUGUCUUUGAGCACUCUGCAUCUCAUCGGAUACAGCUUAGGCGCCCAUGUUGCAGGCCUCACUGGCAGAGAAUUGGGCACAGGCAGAAUCCACACCAUCAUUGGCUUAGAUCCCAGUACGAUUCUUAUAAGACCCGACCGUCAUCUGAGCGCAGCUGAUGCUUACUACGUGGAAUCAAUUCAAACCCACGGAAACUUUUUGGGCUGUAAGGAACCCAUUGGCAAGAUCGCUUUCUAUCCAAAUGGCGGCCAGAUUCAACCUGGAUGUCGACCUUGGGAUUUUGAAUGUAGCCACGGCCGCUCUUGGAUCUAUUAUGCUGAAGCUUUGACAAUGCGUAACUUCCGAGCAAAGAAAUGCUGCAGCCUUCAGCACGCAAUGGAUCACAAGUGUGAAGAAAAUUACAGCAAUGUUCGUAUAGGAGCUGAAACCAAUGCUAACUUGGCUAGCGGCAUUUACUACGUGCCAGUGAGCGAUAAGGCGCCAUAUGGUAGUGUUGACCUAUAAGGCUUAAUACUGCUAAGUACUUGAGUACAUAACAUAUAUUU